UAUUUCAAAAUGGCAGCCUCCAGUGAUUUUGGUGUUCAGGAAAAUGACUUUCAAGACUUUUAUCGCAAUUAAAUAUUUCUAACGAAAUACUAUCGUCAAAUACAGUGAUGCCAACCUUUCAAGUGUGUGGCAUGGUGUGCGCAAUAAAUAUAUUUUGACUUGUUAUGUGUUUUGAAUGUCAUUGUGAUGGAACUCCUCGCCGACAAAUUAAAACUUUUUUAGAAUAUUUAUAUUAAGUAUCGCGUACAAGAUGACUAAAUACACAUAGUUGACAUAGACUAUAAUUUUAAAAUUGUUGCUGAAAUUAUUUGUUUUUUUUAUAUAAACUCAUCCUUUUAUUUUGCAUUUUCUCGUAAUAUGCAUUUUCAUUAAUAUAAUUUUUUUUUCUUUAUUUUAAAAUAAAAUGGCUUGUUACAGUAGAUGUAUUUCAUUAUUUAAACACAGAAUAGUGAAAUAUUCAUUCUAUUGCAUACCAAACAGUUAUUUAAUAACAGCUGACAGAAAAAUUUCAAUGUUAUGCAUUGCUAAGUAUAGAUACCAUCACCUGAGCAGAGUGACAAUUCGUGCAAAACUGAGUAAUGGUAAUUUAUGUCAAAAAUCGCAAUUAUUGUGUGUGCCACUUAUUGACAAAAUCUUCCAAAAUGUAUUUUUCCCUGACCAGAUGUCAAAACCAUACACUGACAAAAGUUCAUCAAGAAUAUCAGAAGAAAAGGAUAAACAUAUGCAGGAUCAUAAAUUGGAAUAUAAAGAAAAUAUUAUGACCAUUCCUAAUUUGUUAACUACAAUGCGAAUUAUUUCUACUCCAUUUCUUGGUUACAUGGUGACAACUGGAGCAUAUGAAUGGGGCUUAGGAUUAUUUGUUUUUGCUGGUUUCACUGAUUUAUUAGAUGGAUAUGUUGCAAGGUCUUUCACAAACCAGAGAACAGCUUUAGGAACACAAUUAGAUCCUCUAGCUGAUAAAUUACUAGUCAGUGUGUUAACUAUUACCCUUACUAUAGUUAAUCUUAUACCUGUAUGGUUAACAGCAUUAAUAGUCAGUCGGGACAUGGCGUUAAUUGGUGCAUCUUUUUAUAUACGAUAUAUAUCUUUAUCUCCACCUAAAAGUUUCGCAAGAUUUUUUAAUUUGAAUAAACCCUCAGCCAAGUUAUAUCCUUCAACAUUAAGUAAGGCCAAUACAGCCUUACAAUUAUCAUUGGUGGCUUUAACCUUGGCAGCACCUGUAUUUAACUAUAUAGACCACCCAGCCUUACAAACACUUUGGUAUAUUACUGCGGUCACAACUUUUUGGUCUGGUUGGGAUUAUUGGAAAAAUGGAUGGAAUUAUGUGAAAAUACUUAAGAAAAAAUAGAACAGAAAUAUUGUAUAAUUAUAUAUUUUAUAUUAAUAUAAACUAAUAAAACAUAGGAGUGUUUAAUGGUGGGAAUUUAUCAUUAUCAUAGCACUCUUAACUCUUUUUUUA